AUCAUCGUCUCUCAAAAGGCUGUCCUUGCGCUCACAGUCACAGCUGCCACCCACCGGUAGCGCCCCCUUAUUACCCCUCGCCAUGAUCCCGAUGAUCCUCUAUGCCUCCGAAACAGGCAACGCCCAAGAUACGGCCGAACGCGUAGCUCGCGCUUUCCGAGCCAACAACCGCGCUGUCUCCUGCCUCCCCAUGGACGCCUUUCCCAUCUCCUCUCUCCCCCACACAUAUCUCCUUAUCCUGAUAACCUCUACUCACGGUCGGGGCGAUCCCCCGCCAGCUAUGCUCCCGCUAUGGAAAGCCAUGCUGAGGACGUCUCUGCCGGAAGAUAUUUUGGAGGAUGUGCAUUUUGCAGUCUUUGGCCUGGGGGACUCGAGUUAUGAGAGAUUUUGUUUUGCGGGAAAGAUGCUGCUGCGAAGGAUGGAGCAGCUGGGGGCUAAUAAGAUGAGCGAGCCGGCUUGGGGAGAUGAGCGGUCGCCCAACGGAAUUGAAGAUGCUUUUGUCCCAUGGCUGCAAGAGACAUUGGAUCUUUUCAUCCCCUACCUGCCUCCAGCGAAACUCGAAAUCACUUCCCCUCUACCAUCGACUGAUCUGCCGCCCCCGAUAUACGCUCUAUACGCUCUGAAAAAGUACACCCAGCCUCCAGCCGAUGAUCUCGACCUCGGCCGCCUUUCCAUCUCCCCAGCUCCAAACGGUACUUCAGCGCCUACACGACAAGAAGACAAAAUCCGCAACAAGGCUUCCGGCUCGCGGGUCAAGCCGGACGACUGGGUAUGGGCGACUGUGAAGAAGAACGAGAGGGUGACGAGUGAGGAUUGGUGGCAGGAUGUGAGAAACAUAGAGCUGGAGUUCGAAGACGGGGAUGUGAAUGCCUAUCCGCCAGGAUCAAUAUGCUCCCUCCAACCUCAGUCAAGAGAAAGCGACGUCAAUUCGUUUCUCGAACUCAUGGACCUUGAAUCCCAAGCCGACGAUCUGUUCACUAUUGAAUCUCUCCUCCCUGAACAACCCCUACCAGCGCACUUGCCUCCUGCCGGCACUCCAACGAGUAUCCGCUCCCUCCUGACAAACCACCUCGACAUCCAAUGUUGCCCCCGCAAAAGCUUCUUCGAGUGGCUCCGGCGGUUCUCCCCGGAAGAGCUAGAGAGAGAACGGCUGGACGAGUUUAUCGCCGAUCCUGACGAGAUCCAUACUUAUGCGACGAGACCGUCCCGGACAUUGGUGGAGACUCUGGCCGACUUUCGUUUUACCCGUAUCCCACUGUCUCAUCUUCUAGAAGUCUUACCUCCCCUUCGUCGCCGUCAAUUCUCCAUAGCAAGCUCCUACCAAGCCCAUCCAAACAAAGUCCAACUCCUAAUCGCCCUCGUCCAAUACAAAACCAACCUCUCCCUCCCGCGUGUCGGACUAUGCUCCUCCUGGCUCAGCUCUUCCCUAAAGCCUGGCAUGCGGGUCCCAAUCCAUAUCGCAGCGCCGACGUUAUUUUUGCCGGAAGAUAAGGAGGUGCCUUGUAUCUUUGUGGGACCGGGGACGGGGGUGGCGCCUAUGAGGGCUUUUGUAGAAGCGCGGGCGGAACAGGGGGCUUGCGAAAAUACUGCUCUCUAUUUCGGGUGUCGCUCCACGGAAUCCGACUAUUACUUUUCCUCCGAAUGGGACACUUAUCGCCAAAAAGGAAUCAGAGUCGAAGUGGCCGCGAGUAGAGAUCAAGAUGAAAAGGUGUAUGUGCAGCAUCUCAUCAAGCGAGAUAAAGUCAGAGUGAAGGAGUGGAUAGUGGAUCGGAAGGGGUGGUUGUUCAUCUCUGGAGCGUCGAACGCUAUGCCGAGAGAAGUGAGAGAAGCGGUAGCGUGGUGUAUCUCCAAAGAGGGUGCUGGGGACUUUACGGAGGAGGAGGCGAAGGAGUAUGUUGAGCAGAUGUUUGAGGACAAGAGAGGUGGGGAGGAAAGUUGGUAGGAAAGACGCCGGGAUCUUCGGUAACGUGAACUCGCGGAGCGCGAAGGUUGGUUCUCGGUGUGUCAUCCGGUCGACCAGCACCACCACCACGGCAUAUAUGCAUGACGUAAACGGAUACGAGUGUAACCAACGAAGGGCCUUGCGAUCAUAACGUAAGCGCAUGCGUUCGAGGAAGAAGUGACCCGAGCAGGGAUUAUGGGUGGUACUGCUGGAGGACAGAUACUACUGGUACUGUAUGGGAGCGAGCGGCUAAAACGCUUGCACGUGUCGUCGGGGGCCGAAAGGACUUGGGACUGAACUCGAUAGGCGCUGCCAACGUGAAGUCAGAUCCUGAUGAGGUCACUGGAUUGUUGUAGACGAUGCAUAUUCCCCG